AUGGUCGGCCGUAAUACAAAUAUUUAUUUUCAGGAGAAAACUUAUAAUAAAUUCCGCCAAGUAGUUGGUGCCAAAGUUAGUCGUUUUGUUAAUGAAGCCGUGGAAGAAAAAUUAGCCCAAAUUCAGCAACAGCAAAGGGAAGAAUUAUGGCAAAAAUUGAUCGUUGAGCGAAUUAAAGAACUGGCAAAAGAUUAUCGUCCAGUUUUAAUAAUUAGCAAUGACGAACGAAAUGAAUAUGGUGAUUCUGCGGUGGCAGUGCCAACGACUACUGAUGAUAUUAAAAAUAUCUUGCCAGUGGAAGUUUUUAUUAAUAAUACUCCGGAAACUGUGAAAGAGGAAUUAAGAAAUUUUUCUAAAUUAGCAAGUGAGGUAGAAGAGGGAUUACAAAAUAUACAAAAAGAAAUUAAAGGACUAAACAAAACUAUUGAGGAAUUAAAUGCCAUUGAAGGAGAGUUAAAAAAUAUCACUACUGGUUUGGCGGAACUGAACAAAACUGGGGAGGAAUUAAAAGGAACAGGUGAAAAUAUUAAAGGUAGUUUGGAUGAUUUGGGAGAACUAAAAGGAAAAAUAGAUGAAUUGACUAAAUUAGAAAUUCCUUUAAUAGAAUUAGAAAAAUCACUCAUUAAGGGUGGUGAAGGACUAGAAAAAGAAAUCAAAGAAAAAAUUGGCGGACUUAUUGAUAAAAUUGAUGAAAUCAAACAAAUCGCUUGUCCUUAUUGUUUUAAUUGA